AUGGCUCGUGGUAGUGGAAAUUUCAGCAUGAAUCUUCUUCUUCUCCUCCUUGUUCUUCUUCAUCUAUGCCUUUCCGCGGUGGCCGACGACGACGACGCGAGAGUCUCCAGAUUCCAGGAAUAUCUCCAAAUCAACACAGUCCAGCCCAAGCCCGAUUACUACAAAGCCGUUGACUUUAUCAACUCUCAGGCUAAGUCCCUCUCCCUCGAAUCUCAGACGAUGGAGCUAGUCAAGGGAAAGCCUCUUCUCCUCCUCAAAUGGGUUGGCUCCGACCCAACCCUACCUGCCAUUCUCCUCAACUCCCACACCGAUGUAGUUCCCUUCGAGGAAUCCAAGUGGACCCACCACCCGCUCCACGCUCACAUCGACCACCACGGCGACAUUUAUGCCAGAGGUUCCCAGGACAUGAAGUGCGUCGGGAUGCAGUACCUCGAGGCCGUACGCAAGCUCAAGGCUUCUGGGUUCCACCCAAUCCGAUCCGUCUAUCUCUCCUUCGUCCCCGAUGAAGAGAUCGGCGGCCACGAUGGCGCCGAGAAGUUCGCCGAAUCACAGCUCUUCAAGAGCUUGAACAUCGGUGUCGUGCUCGACGAAGGUCUGCCAUCGCCUACUGAGAGUUACAGAGUAUUCUAUGGAGAGAGGAGUCCCUGGUGGCUGGUGAUAAAGGCUAAAGGACCACCUGGCCACGGUGCCAAGCUCUAUGACAACUCUGCCAUGGAGAAUCUUCUGAAAAGCAUUGAGAGUAUUCGGAGAUUCAGAGCUUCCCAAUUUGACCUGCUCAAAGCUGGUGGCACUGCUGAAGGAGAUGUCGUCUCCGUUAACAUGGCCUUCCUCAAGGCUGGCACACCUUCCCCAACUGGUUUCGUGAUGAACCUGCAACCAUCGGAGGCAGAAGCUGGUUUCGACAUUCGUGUCCCACCAAAUGUUGAUUCUGAAGCACUUGAAAGACGUUUGGUGGAGGAAUGGGCACCCGCAGCGCGCAACAUGUCCUUUGAGUUCAAGCAGAAGCUUUCGGGGGAGCCGCUCCUUACGGCAGCGGAUGAUUCAAAUCCGUGGUGGGGGCUCUUGGAAAAUGCGGUCAAGGACGCGGGAGGUAGGACUCGUAAGCCUGAGAUUUUCCCUGCAUCAACAGAUGCUCGCUACUUCCGCAAGGCUGGCUUGCCCGCGUUUGGGUUCUCUCCCAUAUCCAACACCCCGAGUUUGCUUCACGACCACAAUGAGUAUUUGGGCAAAGCCGAGUACUUGAAGGGCAUUGACGUGUAUGUUUCAAUCAUCAAGGCUUACGCAUCAUUUGAAGGCAACAGUGGUUCACGAGAUGAGUUAUAA